GUCUCGGGCCGUUAUUGAGCAGUGGGCAUUUAGUUUGGUCAGAAAGAAUCAAAUUCCAUAUCUAUGCAGGUCUACAGAACCUGCACCUGCCCUCAUUUGGGGUCGAGAUUCAUGCCUUCCUCCAAACUACUACUAUCAUUAAACUUUACAAAUCAUUUCAUCACACCCUCUAAUCUUCCAACCCCAAAGUUCCCAUCUUCGAUUGCAGCCACCAUGUCCACCACUGUUUCCACCCAGAAUGACACCACUGCCCAGAAGACGCAUCAUCCUGUGCAGGUUGCAAAGCGCUUGGAGAAGUUCAAAACAACAAUCUUCACCCAAAUAAGCACGCUUGCUGUCAAACAUGGAGCCAUAAACCUUGGUCAGGGCUUCCCCAACUUUGAUGGGCCAGAAUUUGUAAAGGAAGCUGCUAUUCAGGCAAUCAGGGACGGGAAAAAUCAGUAUGCCAGGGGUUAUGGAGUUCCUGACCUGAACAUUGCCAUUGCUGAGAGAUUUAAGAAAGAUACUGGACUAGAUGUAGACCCUGAAAAGGAAGUUACUGUUACAUCUGGAUGCACAGAAGCAAUAGCUGCAACCAUGUUAGGAUUAAUAAAUCCUGGUGAUGAGGUUAUCCUAUUUGCUCCUUUUUAUGAUUCUUAUGAAGCAACUUUAUCCAUGGCUGGUGCUAAAGUAAAAAGCAUCACUCUGCGCCCUCCGGAUUUUGCUGUCCCGAUUGAAGAGUUGAGAUCCACUAUCUCAAAGAACACCCGUGCCAUUCUUUUAAAUACCCCUCACAACCCUACUGGAAAGAUGUUCACUAGAGAGGAACUCAAUACCAUUGCAUCUCUUUGUAUUGAGAAUGAUGUUCUGGUUUUCACUGAUGAAGUUUAUGAUAAAUUGGCAUUUGAUAUGGAGCACAUUUCGUUGGCUUCUUUGCCUGGAAUGUUUGAAAGGACAGUGACAAUGAACUCCUUGGGGAAGACAUUCUCCUUGACAGGGUGGAAGAUCGGGUGGGCAAUAGCACCACCACACUUAACAUGGGGAGUGCGGCAAGCGCAUGCUUUUCUCACAUUCGCAACCUCCAAUGCUAACCAAUGGGCUGCUGCGGUGGCUCUUCGAGCACCGGAUUCUUACUUUGUUGAUCUAAAGAGGGAUUAUCUGGCGAAAAGAGCUAUUUUGGUGGAAGGAUUGAAUGCUGUUGGCUUCAAGGUGUUCCCAUCCAGUGGAACUUACUUUGUGGUUGUAGAUCACACCCCUUUUGGACAUGAAAAUGAUGUUGCAUUCUGUGAAUAUCUUAUUAAGGAGGUGGGAGUGGCAGCGAUCCCGACUAGUGUGUUUUACUUGAAUCCAGAAGAGGGAAAGAAUCUGGUCAGAUUUACUUUCUGCAAGGAUGAGGAAACUCUUAGGGCUGCUGUUGAGAGGAUGAAGGAGAAGCUUAGAAAAUGAUUCCAUUGCAGGAUCUAGUCAUGUGAUAUAUAUCAUUAUAUUGGAUUGAAGACAUUUACCUUUUUAGAAACCUAAGUGCAGGAUUUGUAAUAACUUCCAAUUGAUUCUCGGCAGUGUGAGACAUUACCAAAAACUUAUCUGCUAAAAUUGUUUUUCUUCUCCUGAAUCUCAAUGUUAUGAAUGAGUAUCUACUGGUUAACGAAGCAUCA